CCCCCUCCUCGGCGCGCAGCGAGAACGCACCGGGGGGGGUGACAGCCCCUGGCCGAGGGGAUCGUCGUCGUCGUCGUCGUCUUCGUCGUCGUCGUCGUCGUCAUCGUCGUCUGCUGUCCCGCGAGAAAAGAAAACGACACUUUGGUCCUCUCGUCCCUCCUUUCCUCUUGUACUCAUUUCUUUCGACGCUCGAUCGCCGAAUUUGAGAAAGUUACACGUACGAAGGCGUACGGGCGGGCGCGAUGCGCACGCGGCGCGGAAUUGGGAUACCGUUAAAUAGGAUGCACCAACGGAUCUCGAGCAUCGUGGCGUCUAACGAUCAGUAAUCGAUCGUACUGUACACGAAACAUGAUGUCCAACGGCAUUCAAAAUCCAACCAAGCAGAUCGAAGCCAGCUCGGUGGGAAAUAAUGUACAUCACUCGUCCUCCACAUCGACAACGACGUUAUCGUCGUCGUCGUCAGCAGCAGCAGCAGCAGCAGCGUCUCCGUCGGGCUUGAGCUCGACCCUGAUGAGCUGGGCUCCUUAUCUCCUGGCAGCCCGACCAUGGUCGCUCAGCGUGUCGCUGAUGCCGACGUUACUCGGUUGGACACUGGCGUCCCGUGUGACGGACCUCGCGACCGUCAGUAUGCUGCUGCUAACUCUGUUCGUGGUGCUUUGCGUACACGGCGCCGGUAAUGUAGUGAACACCUAUUUCGACUACGUGAAGGGCGUCGACAGCAGAAAGAGCGACGACAGAAUACUGGUAGAUCAGAUACUGACCAAGGACGACCUGGUGUCGGUGGGGGCAUGCCUGUACGCGUUAGGCUGCCUUGGAUUUGUCCUGCUGGCUGCCCUCUCCCCCGCGAAGAUGGAGCACCUGGCUUUUGUGUACUUUGGCGGCUUGUCCUCCUCCUUCCUCUACACGGGGGGCAUAGGAUUCAAAUAUAUCGCACUAGGCGAUGUACUUAUCUUAGUCAUAUUCGGUCCAAUCUCAGUUCUAUUUGCGUUCAUGGCGCAAACCGGUUACGUUGAGCUAGGAACAAUUUAUUACGCGAUACCGCUCGCCUUAAAUACCGAGGCUAUUUUGCACAGCAACAAUACGAGGGACAUGGAGAGCGACAAGAAGGCGGGGAUCGUAACGCUAGCUAUCUUAAUAGGUCAUACCGCGUCUCAUGUUUUAUAUGCUUUUUUACUGUUUACACCGUACAUAAUUCUUAUAGUAUUGGCGUUCAGAUAUUCCAUCUGGUUUCUACUGCCAGUGGUCACCCUGCCGACCGCCUUCAAAAUAGAAAAGGAAUUCCGCAAUCCGCUUAGAAUUCAAAAUGUGCCUAAACAGACAGCCAGAUUAAACAUGUUUCUAGGUAUGUUGUAUGUUGCCGCUUGUUCGCUCGUGGGCUCGCUUCCUUAUCUAUCACCCUAAAUUUAUUCGUCGAGCUUUCGCCCCCCCCCCCCCCCUGUCUUGGAUUAUUCUUUCUAUACGGCAACGUGAUGCGCCCGGUGAUACUUUUCUCAUUAAGAUUUCAUUCAGACAAACAAAAGCAGUAAUUUUGUUAAAUUUGUUCUUAUUUAUUACAUUCACUAGGUCAUAUCGUAACGUGUCCAGAUGGCCGCUCGCCGUUUUGUUAUCUGCAAGAGUAAUCCAAGAUCGACGUUCUUGAUGAAGUUAGGACUUGAUCGAGAUACAUAUAUCGGUAGCUUGUUGUCAACUGACAAAUUUGAUAAUUUUAUCAAGAGCUCUGAGCCCUCGUUCGAUCACAUUCAAAUUAUUAUUUAUAGCACAAGUGAAGAGAGAACAACUCCAUUGUCGGAGAUAUUUAAGUCACGUUUGCCUCGAGGUACAAAUUUUAUUCAUAUCAGUUUCGAAGUGUCUGUCACGAAUUUAAGUCUCCCCGUGACUCGGUCUUGAAUAUUAGUUUACACUGCGCACUGUACUGUCACUUUUUGUAAUAAGAUAAAAUAUCAUUUUCGCGGACGUCAGGACUUGAAGAAACGGAGGAAUACAAUGUGUAGUCCCGUCGUUCCCGUCUUUUCUCGUUUUUCACUUAAAAAGUCCAACUAAAUCUUUUAUACGAAUCCCUCGACAAUUAAACUUCUUGAAACAGA